AUGAGAGCUACCCAAAAGGCAGUGUCAUCUACUGCUAAACAUUGUCCUGCGUACUCAUCAACCGAAUCCUCCAACCUUUUGUGCGGAAUGGAAAGCAAAUUCCCUGACGAUGGGCAUGACUCAGAGUUUAAUCAAAGCCCAGGUAGUAUUGUCAAUGCCUUUCUCUCAGGACAGCACCAGUGGAUGGAUCAACCGAUAAUAAAGCGGUGGGCCUUACAACCUCCAGAUAUACUACAGAAGGUCAACACCUUAUUCUGGCAAUGGAAGCGGCAAACAAUCGGGCCUUUCAGUCCUCUCUGCGACAAAAUGUGGAUGACCACGGCUGAAGCGCUGUGUCAUGCCGGAUUACCCUGGCAUAGCAAUAAUGUGAACAUGCCAAACGAGAUUGACCCUACCUGGCCAUUACAUUUCAAACACUUUGAGCAACAGGUGGUCGGAGCUAAAGGCGCUCGUGUGGGUGACAUGGAAGCCUUAGGGUAUGUUUGUACCUGGGACGAAGCAACUCAGUAUGCCAUUAGGUCAUUGCAACAGGAACUUCGUGGUCGGAUAAUGGAUCGCAGGCCGUUGCUUCUUGGGGCUCGAAUGGAUCCAACCCUUCUCAACUCUACAGCACAGAUGUUGGGGCUUGAAUACCUGCACGUUUUGGAUGACGACUGGCAUGGAGCCAAGUAUAGGUUAUGCCGUGAUUUUGGGGCUCAACACCCAGUCAUUGUUGCCUCCACUCUCGGAAACAUGAAGGGGCAUUCCGACAAUUUCGACGCAAUAUGCGAGUUCUUGGCUGAAUAUCCAGGCGUCCUCCACGUCGACGCUUCAAGAAACUUUGAUUUUCUUACCACUCUAGCCGAUGGUGAAAGAAAGAAAAAAGGAGUACGCCGGCUCGCUCUACGACGCCCCUGUCUGAAAAACAACCCCAUAGAGGGAGACACCAUCAAUGCUGCUACUAUCGUGGCUGGAGGCAUGAAUACUACAUAUCCACCAUAUGUUGUGGUCCUAAGACCCCAAACGCUAGGGUCUUUAUAUCGUCCAUUAGUCGAGUAUGUUAGGGGCACUGAUAGCACAAUUUCUGGCUCGAGGGACUCUAUCCCCCCUCUUCUUGCUUACCUUCAAGAACUGCGGUUUGGCUCUUGCGGAGUCACAUUUGAUAAACCUCCAGGGUUACUGGAUAUCGUGGUUCAAACAGAAACUAAGAUAUCAAACAUGGAGCAACAAAGGUGGGGGUUACUAUGGUUGGAGGAUGGGAAAUACCUGUUUACAUUACAGCCAAGUGUCACACACGGUGAUAUGGUUGGUUUAGUCCGUACUUUAUCUGGCCAUUGCAUAGAGUCUAAGAUGGAAUUUAUGCCAGUUAAAGAGUCAGAUUAUCCACUCCCGCAUCGCGUGUCACGGCAGAUUCGCCAAAUUGUUCGCAACUGGCGGGUGGUUUCAAAAUUCUCUGGCGGCUACCCCCUAAACCAUGCCACUUAUUCUGUCCUGGGACCGGUUUUACGCCCCUUCUUUUCGGUGUGGAUCCCCAGUGCCUGGUGGUCUAGAACUGCUGAAGAAAUCUUAGAGGACCGAAAGCGCACUCUUUGCCUUCCUAAUGUCGAGAGCCAUGAGUUUACUGGCAGCUUCACUACUGGUAGCACAAUGGGGAAUCGAGUAGGCAUUUAUACCGCUCUAAACCAUACCCCUGAUGCUUUUAUCUACUACUCGGAAGCGACACAUUAUAGUGUUAACAAGAUUGUCCACGAUAAUGACAUCUUGACGAAUCGUUGGGGCAAGGAACGAAGACCGCGGUUUGCCGAGAUUGCCUGCGACGACCUUGGUCAUAUGAGACCGGACGCUUUAGCACAAAGAGCAAUCUCAGACAAACUGUAUUGCGAUUCCCGGGAAAGAGAGUAUCAAGUUAUACUUAUAGUGAAUGUCGGAACAACAUUUACUGGUGCCCAAGAUGAUAUUCUGUCACUACGACAGGUGCUUCGAUCCGUCGGAGCAGACGCUGUUUAUAUUCAUGCCGACGGAGCCCUGGACCUAGCACUGUCUCCCAAUUCUGUGCGCCUGGGACCGCCCAACAUUAUGGCGAAAAAUGGAACCCCGGUCGUUCAGGGCAUAACGCUGAGUCAUCAUAAGGCCUAUGGGGUCAUGGUGUCAGGGGAGGUAGUUUGCUACACUCCCGCCAAUGGACAACUCGCUACAGUUGGAUCCAAUACUGUUGACCCUCGCGCAGUCUUUGAAACGUGGCUAUUUCAGCAAAUGUAUACUUCAGCCGAUCUGAUGAAAGUUAAGGGCUAUUGCUUGAAGAAUGCUACGCUGCUGAGGAAACUCCUCCGUUCGCUAGGGAUACAGACCAAGUUCAACAAGGGCAGCCUUAUUACCUUGCUACCACGGCCACCUCACUGGGUACUCCAAGAGUUCCAUCUCGCACCAGAGGGCGACUGGGUCCACUUUAUAACAAUGCCACACAUCACGCCAGAUGCUGUAAUGCACUUCGUUAAACGUGUUGCUGCAGUCAAGGCCGCCUUUCAGAGUACUUUUGAUGAUAUUCUACCAGCACUAGAGGCCGCAACAUCUCAAAACCUUACUUUAGUACGCAUGGAAUCAGUUGAUCUUGGAAUAAUCUCGAAGGCAUUGAGUGUAACUCAAGCAUGGGGGGAAAAGUAUCACGAGUUCCGCCACCUUGAUGUGGCGGAUUUUAAGCGCCGGUACAUUUACAGUGGUCUGACUUUUGCUGCCCUAGAUAAAAGCCACAAACCUUCGGUUAUUUUUCUUGUGGGAUCUCACACUGAUGGUAUAGCAACGCCUGGCCCUGUGCUGUAUUCACCUGAAGUUUCAUGUACACGGUCAGAGCUAGAACAACUUGCGUCAAUUGCUUUCAAUCAUCUGUUACAGCGUUGCGAUUCUAUUAGGUAG